UCUGCGCAGUAGUUGGGGCAGCCACGUGGGGUGCCCAGGAGCCGGAGCCGGAGGAGGCCCAUGGCGCUGUACGGGGCUGCGGCCGCAGUGCUCUCGGGGCUGGAGGCCCGCCAGGGCUCCCUCAAGACCCUGGUCUACGGCAGCCGCUUCCAGAAUGUCCGGCAGCUGUACGCUCUGGUGUGUGAGACGCAGCGCUAUUCGGCCGUGCUGGACUCGGUGAUCCACAGCGCCGGGCUCCUGCAGGCGGAGAAGAAGCUGAAGCCCAACCUGGCCAAGGUCCUGGUGUACGAGCUGCUGCUGGGCCGGGGCUUACGCGGGGGAGGCCGAUGGAAGCCGGUGUUGUCCCGGCACAAGGCGAGGCUGCAGGCAGAAUUUGCCCGGCUUAAGGUGAAGCGCUGCGUGAGCCGCAACGAGGACCUCCUGGAGUCCGUUCCCGGGGCCGCUCAGGUGGCCAAGCUCCCUCGCUUUGUGCGGGUGAACACCCUCAAGACCAAGCUGGAUGAUGCCGUCGAUUACUUGAAGCGCGAGGGCUACUCCUAUCAGGGCCGUGCUUCUGGACUGGACGAGCUUCAGGCCCUAGAGGGGAAACGGUUUUUCCUGGACUCGCUGCUCCCAGAGCUCCUUGUGUUCCCUUCGGGCACUGAUUUCCACAAGCACCCGCUUUACCAGGCUGGCCAUCUCAUCCUGCAAGACAAGGCCAGCUGCCUCCCAGCCACCUUGCUGGCCCCUCCGCCCGGCUCCCAUGUCAUCGACGCAUGUGCGGCCCCGGGCAAUAAGACCAGCCACCUGGCUGCUCUGCUGAAAAACCAGGGGAAAAUCUUUGCUUUUGACCUGGAUGCUGGGCGGCUAGCGACCAUGGCCACGCUGCUGACCAGGGCUGGAGUCUCUUGCUGCGAGAUCGCCAACAAGGACUUUCUGUCCGUAUCUCCCUCUGACCCGCGUUACUGCCAGGUCCAGUACAUCCUGCUGGACCCUUCUUGCAGUGGUUCUGGCAUGGCAUCCAGGCAGCUGGAGGAGCCCGGCGCGGGCAGCUCUAGCCAGGAACGCUUGCAGGCCCUGGCCGGGUUCCAGCGCCGUGCCCUGAGCCACGCGCUCUCCUUCCCGGCCCUGCAGCGCUUGGUCUAUUCGACCUGUUCCGUGUGCCAGGAGGAGAACGAGGACGUGGUACGCGACGUCCUGCAGCAGAUCGAGGGCACCUUUAGGCUUGUCCAUGUGUUACCUCCGUGGCCAGAGAGAGGCCUCCGCACCUUCCCAGGGGCCGAACACUGUCUCCGAGCAUCUCCUGAAACCACGCUCACGGGGGGCUUCUUUGUGGCUGUACUGGAACGGGCAGGGGGGAGCUCAGGUUCAGAACCGCAGUCACUGGCUGAAGAACCCGCACCCAACAUAGCUCCCAAGAAAAAGAAACGACGGCCGAAACCAUUAACUACGUGACCCGGGGCUGUGCUCCUCCUCCCCUGCCCUUCCACUGGACCUUCAAGCUUGGGAGUGACUGCCCACUCAUCUUGCUGAGCAUUCCUUUACUCUGCCCCUCCCCCCGUGGGGGAAAAAAGACACGAGUCCACUGGAGAUCACAGUUUUGUUUAUUUUUUAAAUCAAUGACAUUAUAAGAAGCAAGGAAAAAAAAAAUUGCACAUUCACACUAAAUUCCCACCAGACUCAACAGGAACAGCAUCCCGUGGAAAGUUGUCUCCCAUUCCUGACCCCGCACAGGUCCGAGGCCGGGGCUGCGUGGGCAGACCUCUGGGCUGUUGCUGUAGCUGGGCUUCCUGCUCCCACCACUGCCAUGGAAAGGCUGCUUUGACCUGAUUCAGCUUUCCCCCAAAGACCCCGCUUGCUUUUCACUUGGGGUCCUGGUGGGACUGAACAGUGGCUGGGGCACAGACUUGGUUUGGAGCCCGGGCCCUUCCCACUCCCGCCUCCCAAACUGCAACCACCAGAGCUGCUAUCACAGGGGGAAAACCUUGCCCGCCACAUUCACAUACAUCACAUUAUUAGAAAAGAAUCGAGUACAUUUUACAGAACGAUUUCCUGGGUGAAGAGGGAGUCUUGAGGGAGCCCUCCCUCUUCCCCCAGAUCUAACUGCUCAGCUAAUUUCUGGACAACAGCUUCAUACUUUCUCACAGCCUCAAUGAACCAAGCUUGAAGGAAUUCAAAAGGCAAUUUAGCUUAAAUAUAAAAAUAAAUUUUA